AUGACUGACUAUGUCACGGUAACAAUAUACGGUGCUGACAAAGUGGGCUCGUCCUCACUCGCCAGACAACUGGUCGCACACGAAUUCGAGGAGGACUACCAGGUGGCCAGGGAUGAGGGCAUCUACCACACACAGGUCGAUAUUGACCAAAAGAGCUGCUGGAUCCAAGUCUUCAUGGGCUAUAAGCAUCUGGUCAGGUUUUCCGAUAACAGGACCCACCACGAGGGCUACCUGUUCGUCUUCUCCAUCACCGACCGGCCGUCGUUCGAAGCCACGCGCAAGCAGAUCGACGAAACCAAGGAUUACAGCAACCUGCCCAUACUGCUGGUGGGAAACAAGUGCGACCUGGAGCACCGUCGGGUGGUGCCCGCGCGGGAGGGCGCCGAACUGGCCGAGUCCGUGGGCUGCAAGUACCUCGAGACGUCGGCCAAGGAAGGCAUCAACGUCGACGCCUGCUUCUUCGAGCUGGUGCGCGAGGUUCGCAGGUUGAAACCGGAGAACAACGUCGACGACAACGGCUCGAAGAAGCAGUGCUCCCUCUCCUAA